AUAAACUUAUCAGUUUAAUGACGACUUUUGUUUUUAUUUUUUUAUAAAUGUUAAACAAAUUCAAAAAGAAAUUUCGUUCUAUAUAUUUAAACAAGUUGUAAAACUCAUGUAAACUAUAUAUUUUAAAACUAUUCAAAGAUUAGAUUUCUUUUAUAUAAAAAUUUCCCGACGGAAAUCAUGCACACUUUUAUACGCAUUGCGGGAUCCACCUAACCGAUUUAUCAAAAAAAAAAAUACAAGUGGACUUAUGAUAAAAAAUUAAGCAGUAAAAUCGGAUUUUCGGCUUAUCGACUACUACUGAAACCCUUAACCGAUAAUGGACAGUAUUUGGAUAAAAAUAAAUUAAAAACAAUUGAACUAUCCUUCAUUGCCAUAAAAAAGUCACAACUCGAAAUCUACUAUUUUUGAAUUGAUUACUACUGCGAAACAUUUCUCUGACAAAAUUAUUGCAAAAAUAAAUUAGAGGCACCCAUUUUUAAUUUCCAUCCAAUUAAUGAUUUAAUGUAAUUUCGGGUAAGUGGCCGUCCUGGAUAGCGCGCACAUGGAAGCACUUACCCUUUACCUCUCAGUAAUUCGGAUUACUGUUCAAUUCCGCCUAUUUUUAAAAUUUUUAGCUUUUCUGAAACAUUUAAUCAAUAUAAAUGACCAUUUCCGGAGGCAAAAGAUCUGCUCAUCUUUUGAGGCCAAAAACUAAUCAAACCAAUUACGGAUAGUCUGUACUGAAGUGAAGCGUAUACCAGAGAGAGCGUUAAGUAUCGAUCGAAAGAAAUAGUAGACGGACUAUAAGGUGGGAUAUAUAACCACCAAGUAGUGCUUAGAAAGGGGGCUGACCAUUAACCCAGCCAAGACAAUUCUUGUACCAUUUACGAAACGGAGAAUUAUUAGACUCAUAGAACCUACAUUGAAUGGCUCAUCUAUACACAGAGAAAACAGAUUCGUUGUUGCAACCGAAUUUGUCGCCAAUCGAAUUUUGUCGGUUGCAAGUACUAUCUCAUAAUUCGAUUGGAAUAACUGAUUAUAUAUGGUACUCGUAACCGUUUUCAAAUACAAUUCGGUUAAAGGGAAAGUACAUAUAAAUGACUAUUGUGAAUUAAUUGCAAAAUAAUUAGAUUUUGUUUUUAAUAUAGUUUAUUUAAUUUGCACACAGUUAAACAAAGAUACAUCUGUAUAUAUACAUAUAAAUUAUAAUUGUUUUAUGUAUGAUGUGAGUUAAAUCCUCCAUUCCAAAUUGAUGUAAUUACAUAGAUAGAAACUUGGUCUUGCCUUGACAAUCACAGGCUUUUUUCAGGAGUUUCAUAUAAACACGAUGAUUUUAUCACAACCAGUUCAAUAGCCGACAACCACCUGCAGCGGAUCUGCAAUAGAAAACUCUCUAAUGUUAUACAUUCUCUGGUUUCAGUUUAGGCGCUGGUUUAUAGUUACACGAUUGUUCGUUUAUAAUUACAGGAUUUUUAUUCAUAUUAAAAGAACUAAAAGAAUAUAAAAAAGUCAUUACCACAACAGACAUAGAUUUAGGGAAAUAAAUUCAUUAAGAUGUUACUUAUCUUACCGUUACAUAAACAUUUGUUGAUUAAUGUUUAUAAUUCAAUUUUUCCUGCCCAAAAUUUGUACACAAAUAAAUUAUUUCUGUUUCUCAAUUUAUUUUAUUUUUUCAUAAAUGUCAAUAAAACCAAUAAUUUCAUUAUUUUAUGUCGGAACCGAAUUUUUCGAUUACAAACCCUAAUAAUAUUGAUUGUCUUUUCCGAAUGAAUAAAAAUCAUAUUAGUAAAGACACAAACCGACGUUUUACAGUUAUUGCAACCGUAAUUCAAUUACAAAAACGAUUUUACAGUUUUAAACACCAAAAAUCGAUUAGAUAUAUAGUUAUUUAAUGAUUACAAUAAAAUCUUGAUUAACUUAACUAAAUUUUAUUAAUUACAACCGAUUUUCAACCAAUCUGUUUUCUGUGUGUAGGGUUUUCUAAGGAAGUAAAAUAUCUUGGGGUUACACUCGAUAGGACUCUCACUAGGAAUUCUCAUUUAUCCAACACUAUCAAAAAGGCCACUAGGGCAGUAUAUGCCUGCCAGCGUCUUUUUGGUAGAACGUGGGGGUUAAAACCGAAGAUGAUUUACUAGUCUUUUAUUACGGUAAUUAGGCCAAUAAUUACUUAUGCUGCAUUGGCAUGGUGGAAAAAGGUAGAACAUGUGACUGCAAGAGCUUUACUUGAUAAGGUUUAUCGCCUCAUCUGUGUCUCUAUUACCGGGUCCAUGAGGACCUGUACCACUCAUGCUCUGGGUGCAAUCCUACACAUCCCACCCUUACAUUUAUUGGUAAUGGAGGAGGCCUAUAGGAGUGCAUCCAGAUUACCGGGAAUAUCCCAUGUAAUGUCGGGAGAUCUGGUUGGGCAUAUGCGCAUUCUAGGCAUCUUUGAAAAUUAUCCUAGUAUUGCAAUAUCUGACCAUAUGUCACCAACUCUGGUGUUAGAUAGGAAGUUUAGGGUCCUUAUACCUGAAAGGGACGUGUGGUUAAACCAAACAUGGCGGCAAAAUAAUGCCGAUCAAGUAUGGUUUACUGAUGGUUCCAAACAGGCUAAUGGUGACACUGGGGCUGGUAUCUAUGGUCCCAAUUUUCAAAGGUGUAUCCCAAUGGGUACAUUUUCAUCAAUAUUUCAGACGGAGAUUUACGCCAUCCUUAUAUGCUCCAAUGAGUGCUUAAGAAGGAGACUAAGGAAUAAUAUAAUAUUUGUUAUGUCUGAUAGUCAGGCUGCUCUUAGGGCAUUAUCAUCAUGUGAAGUGAGGUCUGGUGUGGUUAUGAACUGCUGGACAUCCUUGAAUGAACUCAGCGCACACAAUGAACUUACACUGUGCUGGGUACCUGGCCAUGAAGGUCACGCUGGCAAUGAACGUGCUGAUUGUCUUGCUAACAGAGGCGCUCGACGCUCGUUUAUAGGUCCUGAACCGUUCUUUGGCAUCCCACGUGGAUACACUAUGGAACGUAUUCGUUUUUGGGUUGAAUCAGAAUUUGCCCGUUUUUGGGGUAAUCUACCAGGUCUAAAACAAUCCCAACGAUUCAUCACCCUAUCCAGACGUAGAUCCCAGUCGAUGCUUUCGCUAGGAAAGGGUGACUUGAGGAUACUUACUGGGUUAUUCACUGCACACUGUGGUUUAAAGUAUCACCAAUGUCUGUUAGGUAACGUUGAGAAUGAACAGUGCAGGUUCUGCGGACUUCAUGCCGAAACCUCUGAACAUGUUCUAUGCGGCUGCCCAAUGCUGGCAAUAUGCAGAACUAAAUGGCUCGGAAGGGCCUUAAUGGCCCCGGGAGCCUAAAUCUAUUAGGAUGAAAUAAAUAUAGGCUGCACAAAAGAUCAUUUGGGUAGAGCCUCACUAAUAAUAAUAAUAAUAAUAAGUUGGGAGAGGCAAAUAUCCCCAACCAUUGCAUUCUUAAUACUUUCGAAGAGGUAUUGAAACAUGUGGCCCAGCGUUAUCAUUAUUGAAUGUUUCAUAUCUGAUAGCAUUUUUUGGCGUUUUACGGAAUGCUAGCUUCGAACGAAUCAGUUGCGAUCGGACAGGUUCCUUGUAUUGGUCUUGUCAGAUUUCAGUAGCUUAUAAUAGCUGGAACCCUUUUGCUAACACCAAAUCCAGAGAAUUACCUUAGCUCCAAUGAUAUUUGACUUUGGUGUCGAUUCGGCUGGUUGGCCGGCUUCACAUACGAUCCCUUACACUUCGGGUUAUCGUAAUGGAUCCACUUUUUAUCGCAAGUAAUGAUUCGGUACAAACAUUUCAGCAUUUCGGACAUGCAAAAUUGUAUUUCAAUGUCUCUCGGCUUAAAUUCGUAUUGUACCCAAUUUCCCUGCUUUGAAUCCUGAAUGCUUGCAAACGUUUUUAAAUUGCUGCUUGAAUAGCUCCCAAUAAUUUUGCAAGCCCUUUUUUCAGUUUGACAACAAUCUUCAUAGAGUAAUGCCUCCAAUUCUUGGUCUUCAAACUUUUUUGGCUGGCCUGGGCGAUCUUCAAAAUCAUCACACUUCUAAACCGCACAAACCAUUUAUCGCACGUUGAAACUGAUAGAAUACAUUCACCAUAAGCUUUGGUGAACAAACGGUGUGCUUCAGCGGUACUUUCUUUUAAAUUAAAGAAGUAAUGCCAAACUUCCCGUUUUGUUGGCACAAAAUUGGACAUUUUCGUGGCAAAAACAACUUUGUUUUUUAUACAAUAAUAUUCAGAAUGACAGAUAUGUACCCUUCAAAAUGACAUAUAAUUAGUAACUUAAACAAGAACCGCAUUCAAAAGAUAGGUUAUUGAUGGAGAAUUUAACUGUUUUUGGGAUUAGUUCAAAAUUAGGACUAUUUGCACUUUGGCUUUCUCUAUGAAAAUGCAAACGCUGGCAAAGAAAUUACUAUAUGUAGCUGCUAUGUUCUUUCUGAUUCCACAUCUAAGUUUCUUGAGAGUUGUCCUAGCAGUGGAAUUGUUGUUGCUAUGAUGAAAUGUUCACAUUUCCAAAUGCUAAUAUGUUAAAUUAUUCUAGGCUUACAAUCAGAUUUCGAAACUAAUGAAUUUAAUGAAGGGCCAACACAACACCUUCUACCUUUUCUAACUUCAUACCCCGAUAAGUAUGAAGAUGAAGCUUUUGUGCCUCUCAGUAGUUCGGAUCACUGUAUCAUUUUCGCCUCCUUUUUGCUCUCCGUAAAGUUUCACGAACAUCUACGAAACGUUUUAUUAAGCUAGGGAUCUAAACCUUCAUUCCAUCGUAGAAAAAUUUCAUUAAAACUAAGAAAAAGUCUUGGUUUCAUCAUAAGUGCAAAAUUACAAUCGGAUCAAAAUAGGAGCAUUACGAAUAAUAACUAAUAUUACAAGUUUUGAUAUAAAUUCACUUGGCAAAAGGCAGAGAUCUUUGGUGCCAAAGAGCUGACUUGAGAAAGUCUCUAAGAGCUGAAGGGUUGUAAAACCUUCUGGUCAUUUCUUAAAAUAGUAAAAGGCAAUGCUAGUUGCCUACCUCCUACUCCUUUAAGGAAUGGUCAAUCAUUCACUGACCCAGAUGAUAAAGCAAACCUUAAUUGAAUUUAAAUAAUUCGAACUUAUUGGAAAACAAUGAAAAUAGUAUCAAUAACUAUACCGAAAAUGUUGUAGCGGAUCUCUCUCUACCCAAAUAAGUCUCCUGAUUUGGAUGGAAAAACAAUCCCUGGUCACGAGUUUGUCCAUUAGCUCUAUACCAUGUCAGUGACUUCCAUAUACGGAAGAUUUGAUCGUUGUUUUGUUUCUGGCACUUUUAUAGAAUCUCAUUGCCUUUGCUCUCGAUUUAGCUAGAACUUUCUCAGAUGUCGCAAUAUAUGAAUUGUUAUAGAUGUGAUCUCAUCAGAGGCUCUGUCUGAUCCUUUGAGUUUAUACGUAAAUUUUUCAAACCCAUCUAUUAUUUUUCAGACAUUUGGCAUAGAGCCCAUAGAGUCGGAGAUUAGGGAAAUGUGGCAAAACAUGAAGGACAUUUUUAAUCGACACAGAUCAUCAUAUUAAGGAAUCAGCAGAUGUAGAUGUUCUGGACAUGAGAAUUCAUUGUGGUGUCCGCUAGACUAAACACAUUUUCAAAUAAGCUAAAAUAGUAUACAAUACAGAAUACAUUUCGAUUUCACCACGUUGGAACUCAGGGUCUUAAUUUUUUCAAGACUGUGCAGUGGAGUUUACCUAAUUCCGAAUGACAAUUUAACGGUUCCACGCCCCAAAUUGGCCAGUUCAUGCUGUUUAGGAUGGUGUUAUGUCGAGUACGAUAUUCUGCUUCAAUUCGUCUGACUCUUUGCCUCCUAGAGCCGGCUUAGCAGUAGUUUUUCUAAUAAAAAUUUCAAUAAUAAUGAUAUUUCCACUAUUAUUGAUUUGAGAAAUACGAAAUAAAAAAGUAUGUUUUAUCCUUUUUACACUGCUAUCAUAUCCUGAAACCACAUGAAGAUAAUUUCGGUCAAGUGGUUGUUUUUCAUAGCACUUUCAAGCAAUAACUUUUACGAUAAGUUCUAACGCCAUUGUCCCUUUCUGAGCUUCCAGUUGCAUGACUUUGAAGAACCCAAAGAACAAAGUAAGAAAUUUAAUGAAUUUAGAAUUAAAAUCAAUCAGUCAUUGUACUUAAUCGGUCAUUGGAGUACUUCACUACCAUUUAAUUGUGAAUUGUAAUGAAAAAGUGCAACUGUAUUGAAUUUGUCAUUUCUGAAAAAGUAGAAUUUCGGGUUUGUUACUACUCUAUGGAUGGGGUGGAUGUGUACUUCGGAAAAGAUAUAGUGGAGUUGAAGGCAAUUCGAUAAUAAUCAAGUCAUUACUACACUACUUCUAUGUAAUGCAGACGGUAGUUAGUAGUCAUAGAACAGUAUUUUGAUAAGUAAUUGCAAAGCAUUACCAAGUUUUUGCUGGCAAACAAUUUCUAGAUAAGGCCAUGGUAAACUUUGAAUAAAGUUAACAAAAUAUAAAGAACAAACCAAUAUUUGUUAAAUAAAAACUAAAAUAUUCACAUUAACCAUAAUUUACAAUGAAAACAAACCAUUACAACUUUUUGCAACUAUUGUGGAAACUGAAAAAAUAUAAUUUUAUAGAAUUAAAGGUUUUGAAUACCUAAAGAAAAACUCGCAAAUAAAUAUAGAAAUUGAUUUGUAUAAAGCAAAACAACAAAAGAUUGCAAACAAUAUAAAAACAAUUUAUAAACUAGAAGUGAAACACUUAAAAAUUAAGAACAACAUGACUUCGGAAACCAGUUCGUGUGCUGGAUUUUUCCAGGAUCAUGCAAAUACAGCAGCCAUUAAUCAAUAUUUCCAGCAGUUGAAUUCCCAGACAACAGCGGCCUCCUCUAACAAUAAUUUGGCCAAUAGUAACAGUGACAGCGGAAAUGAUGGCAGCAUAACGGGAAGAAGUACUUCAUCGGGGGAUAGCACACGCAGUAGUGUUAGUAGCAAUGAUUCCUCCAAGUCUGGCCGAAAUAGUGGCAGUGGGGCAGCAAAUGGAAAUGUGAUAACAGCGGGAAGUGGUAACAGUAAUACUAAUCAGUGGUUGAAUAUGCAACAGCAGCAGCAACAACAACAACAAAACCAACAGCAUUUACAGCAGCAAACACAUCAUCAGCAGCAGCAGCAACAUCAGCAGCAACAUAAUAACCAGCAGCAACAACAAAAUCAUAAUCAUCAACAGCAUAAUCAUCAGCAACAUCAACAACAGCAUCAGCAACAACAACAACAUCUGCAUCAUCAGUCUUUGCAUCAAACGCAUCACAGUAACAGCCAACACCAACAACAACUGCAACAACAUCAGCAACAGCAACAACUGCAGCAUCAGCAACAACAGCAGCAUCAACAACUAUCAGCCGCUCUUAGCCAAUCUCUACAACAAAAUUUAGCUGCCGCCAGUGCCUCAGCAGCUGCGGCGGCGGCUGCUGCAUCGGUAACCACAAAUCCUCAUUCCAUUUUUGGCUCAGGUAAUUUCCACUACAAAACCAAUAAUUCCUGGUCCAUACCAUCGCUGUCCUGCUACCAACGUAUCUACAAUGAAAAUGCUCAUUACCAACGUAAUUUUAACAAUAAUACUAACAACAACAACAACAAUAAUAAUAACAAUGACUCAGCCAAUGUGGCACAAAAUGUAGCCAAUAAUUCAAAUAGCAACAAUUCCAGUAGCAAUAACAAUAAUAAUAACAGCAGCAGCAACAACAAUUCAUCAAAUAACAGCAACAACUCUAAUAACAAUGGCAGGAAAUCUCCAUUUUUGGGGUUCAUUUGCAAAACAAACGGUAAAUCCACAUCGAAUAGCAAAGAAGUAAUUUGUCCUGAUGACAAAUACAAAGAAGAAGGUGAUCUCUGGAAUGUUGAGGCUCAAACGGCCUUUUUGGGUCCCAAUCUAUGGGAAAAAACCCUGCCGUAUGAUGCUGACCUUAAGGUAACACAAUAUGCCGAUUUAGAUGAAUUUUUAUCGGAAAAUAAUAUACCUGAUGGCUUGCCGGGUACCCAUUUGGGUCAUUCAAGUAGUUUGGGUCAUCGUUCAGAUUCCCUGAGUCAUGCAGCUGGUCUGUCACUGGGACUUGGACAUAUAACAACAAAACGCGAACGAUCACCAUCACCUUCAGAUUGUAUUAGUCCGGAUACCUUGAAUCCACCAUCACCAGCUGAAUCAAUAUUUGAUAUUCCAGCAUUUUCCUUUGCAUCAUCGGGGCGGGAUUUCGAUCCGCGCACUAGAGCAUUUUCCGAUGAAGAGCUCAAACCGCAACCCAUGAUAAAAAAAUCACGCAAACAAUUUGUUCCAGAUGAACUUAAGGAUGACAAAUACUGGGCCCGUCGACGAAAGAACAACAUUGCUGCCAAACGUUCACGAGAUGCCAGACGACAAAAAGAGAAUCAAAUCGCCAUGAGGGCGCGAUAUUUGGAAAAAGAAAAUGCUACAUUACACCAAGAGGUAGAGCAGCUAAAACAGGAGAACAUGGACUUACGUGCACGUCUCUCAAAAUUCCAGGAUGUGUAAUGCUAAAUAAUUCUUCUUCACACUUUGUUACUAAAUAAUUAAUACUUCGUUUAAACAUGAUUUAUAAUUCGCCAACCAGAAAAACAACACACCUCCUAAAAUUUGUUAAAUUUAAAACAAAGUUUUAUUUUUUUUAAAAAAGAAAAAACACACACAAACACAUAAUUGUUAAUAAUAAUUUUUAAACACAUACAAACAUACAUUUACAUAUAUAAAUUUAUGUAAUCUAAAACUUAAAUUUAAUUUCCCUUUUCAAAACCCUGUAAACUUAACCCCUCCCCCUCCUACACAUCUCUGUAAAAUACCAGCUACACAACAAAACAAAAACUCAAUUUUAACUUUAGUUUAUAUUUAAAACAGCAAUAGUCUUUUUGUUCUAAACACUCUCCUUCCCUCCCCCUUUACAAAAAAAAUAUUAAAAAUCUAACUUAAAGAAAUUUUGAAAAACAAAAAUAAAUAAGUAAAACCUAAAUAAAUAAACAAUGCAAGUUUCAUUAAAAUGAAUUCUAAAAUAUUAUUAAUUAUUACAAUACAAAAAAAAAGCAUAAAAAUUAUAUUAUAAACAAACAAAAGGUUAUUGGAAACAUUAAAGGUUUUAUAUAGAGUUGAAAAUAAACAAAAACUUGCAUUAAUUAAAAGUUAAUUGGAGUUUUUAAUUAUUAUUAUACAAAUAAUGAAAUAAAUUUAUUUAAAAAUCUUGCAAACAUAAAACUGAACUACUGAUUGAUAUAAAUAUGAAAUAUGUUUAACAAAAACAAAGAAAUAAGAAAUUAUUAUUAAAAACAAAAACAAAAAAAAACAUAAAAUUUAAUACUUAAGAGACAUAACUACAGCAACAUUAUUUAGUUAUUUAGUGUAAUAAAUAAACAAACAAACAAAAAAACCAAACAAAACCAGAAAAAAUAAAUGAAAAAAUUAAAAAAAAAAUACUGAAAAAUUAUUUAGAAAUAAAAAAAAAUACAAAAUAAAUGUUGCAGCAACAUGUGUUACUUAAUAUACAAAGUAUAUAAACAUAAGUGUAUUUAUUAUAAAUAACAAACAUAAGGAACAAAGAAAACAGUUUUAAAAAUGUUUACCAAGGCUUUAAAUUCAAUGGCAACAUUGUUGCUAAACAUUUUUUGAAGAAAUAAGUUUUUAGAAACAUGUUUUAUUAAUAAAGUUUUCGAAAGUUAAACAAAUCUGAUUACAUGGCAUAAAAACAUAGCAACAUUGUUGCUAAACAUUUAUAAAGCAAAAUUCUGUAAAUGUUUUAAUUGAAAUUACACGUUAAGGUUUCGAAAUUGUUAGAAAGUUUUUAAAUAAUUGACAACAUUGUGGCUCAAAAUGUCUAACAAACUGCUGCAACAUGUUUCUAUAAAUGUUAAACUAUAAUUAAUAUUUUUAACUUGAAACAGGUAAAGUUUUUCAUUAGUGUUUAACGUAUAAUGUGUUUUUUGCGACAAAGUUGCUAAACAUUUCAUAAGAAAAAAUUUCUCAAUAUUUUUAGAAGAGUUUGAGCCAAAAGGCAACAUUGUGUAGCUCCUCUGAUUUAUAUGAUUUUCAUUAUUGUCUAGAGGAAAAUUUGUCAGUGCAACUUUGUUGCAGAGCAAAAUAAAUCUUAUAGUCAAUUUCAUUAUUUUCUAUGAAACUAUUUUUCAACAUUUUUUCUAAACACAUAGGAAACAUAUUUCCAUGUGUUUCAAAAUAAUAUUUAAUUACCUUUUAUUUAAUAAAGAAUUUUUUGAUUAACGAUUGUUGGCCAAGUUGUAUAAAUAUUUCAUAAUAUUCCUUAAAUGAAUGCGUUUCUAAAAAUGUUGCUACAGUUUCCAAGCCACUUUGUUUCCUAAGAGCUAUGAAUUCAAAAAUGUUUAGCAACAUACCAAUGAUAAAAUUCAUAACAAUUAAAAUGUUUACAUCUUGUUUAAGGAGGCUUUUAAAUAUUUAGCAACAUUGUUGCUAAACUAAGAAAUAUUUAAAAUGCUUCAUCUAGAAACUAAGCUUAAAUUCCAUUUCCAAAUUAAGCAUUUUAAUAUUGCUUAGAGAACCUAAAAAUAUUCAGCAACAUUGCGAGCAAAAAUAUUCAAAUAAUUUCUAUAUUUUGCUAUAAAUGAAGCUAAAAAGUUUCACAUUUCAAAUAUUUCAAUAUUUAUAGAUAUCUGAAAUAUAUUUAGAUGACUUGUGAUAGAAAAAGCUUUCAUUAAACUUAAUUUUAUAAAAAUGUAUGUUUGCAGAGCUUCAAAAUAUGUUUAAACUGCAUUUUGCUAGAUGCUUAAAUAUAAAUUUAGAAUUUCACGAUUUCAUGCAACAUAGUUGCUAAACACAUAUACGAAUAUUUUAAUAGUUAUCUAUCUAUCUAUUUAUAAAAAAUUUCAAAUUAAAUUAUCUAGCAACAAUGUUGCCAAACACUUAGGUAAUGAAUAUUUAAGAUUAAAGGGAAGAAUAAGGCGUAACAUAUUUGAAAGCAAAUGCAAUGAAAGCCAGCAACAUUGUUAAGAUAAGAACCAGGCCUUUAAACUAUUGCUAAAUAAGACAGCUACACAACUUUUUGUGUCAAAAUGAACCAAAUAACUGAGAAAUGAAUUACAUACUUUUUUGGGUUCCAGCAACAAUUGGAUAGUUCCUAAAACGAUUUUCACAAAAGCAAAAAGGUAUUUUUGGUAAAAUUAAUCAUUUAUAAAAAAUGUUACUUGGGAAAAGCAAACACUGACCUUAAACUGCAGCAAUAAAUAAUAUAUUAACAAGAACAUGUCCCUACGAAUUUAUUUUUCAUAAUGUUUCGCAACAUUGUUGCCCAAAACAAAAUGUUCCUUAGAGUUUUUAAAACAGAUCUUAUAGAUUAAAAAUUUACUUACUUCUAUUAAAACAUUUGAAAAAUUAAUAAAUUUUAGAUUUUUCAAUAUUCAGCAACUUGUUGCUAAUGUUAAAUUUCUUUGUUAAGGUCUUCCAAUGUUUAAGUUUCAUUUAGGACUUGAAUUUUACUUAUUCUUUGUGAUAUCUUUAAACAGCUGUUGUGUUGGCAUUAAGGAUUGUUUUUAUUACAGAAAAAUAUUUAAAAUAAGUUCUUUACCAUAAUAAAAAAAUCUAAAAGAAGUUCCAAAUUUAAAUAAAGUACAUAAUUAGUAAACAAAUACAAUAGUUUUGUUGAAACUACAACAUAUGAAACUAGCAAUACAGUAAAGAGUUUAGCAAUAUUUAAAGCAUAUACACUUUGUUGUCAACGUUUAUUUAUAAACAAGUAUUGGAACAUUAUUAGAAAAGUUGGAAACUUGUAAUAUAAUGUUUAGUUAGAAAUAAUAUUGCAACAUUAGUAAUAUAAGUUUCUUAAUGUUUCAAUAGUUUUAUUUAAAGCAAUAUGUAACAACAUGUUGCUACAGUACUUGACUAUAAAUAUUUGAUUAUUAAUAUUACUGUCUAUUUUACAAAAAAGAAAACCUAUUUUCAUGUUAGUUAUUAAUAUUUAAUUAUCACCAAGAAUUUAAAGAUUAACAUGUGUUAGCAACAAUGUUGUAGUGGUGCAAAGAUUUAAAAUGUUUAGCAACAUUUAUGAUUAAUCCAUAUACAAACUUCUGCAACAUGUUUAUUUAAACCAUUCAUUUAUGUAUAUAAACAUGUUGUUUAUUAUUAUGUUGCCAGCAAUUAAGAGAAUAAAUAUUAUCUUUUUUAAUAAAUUUCGAAAGCUUUAACUUUAGAUGUAAUGUUGCACAUAGUCUAGAUUUUAAUAUGGAAUUUUCAGCCAAAUUUUAUGAAAAUAUGUCUUAAAUUAAACAAAUAAAUUUAGAUUUUAGAUCUCAAUUAUAUUUUACUUUUUAUUGGCCAAAAUAUUUUAGAUUAUAUACAAAUAUAUUGAAAUGUUUUAAAGGCAAUGAAUCUUGGAAAUCUUUAGGAUAGCAUAAAUACUAAAUGAUCUUUUUUACAUCCCCACAAGCCUUUGAAAAGCCUAAGAACUAAAGUCUUAACACCAUUGAAAUUACAAUAUAUUAUUUAAUAUUUCAAGAAAGAAGUGGAUCAAUCAGUCGGCAACAAAGUAAUUUGAGACUCUUACGCAACAUGUUGUCUUUUACAAUAAGAUUUUAAAACAAACAUGUUUAAUAAUAUAUUAACAGCAACAUGUUGUUGCUGGCCACAAAAGUUGAAUAAACAUCAGAUUUUUUCUUAAAAUUUCAGUUGUUUGGAAAGUUGCUAACACUUUUAACAGCAUUAUCCUAUAAAAUGUUUUUAUUUAUUUGAAAUAAGACACUAUCUAACAAGUUUUCUUAUCAUAAAACAAAUUUAAUUCAAUUUAAAUAUGUUUAAAACCGUUUUCUUUGAAACACAAUGCUGCAACAUUUAUUGACAAAAAAAAAUAAAAUAAAAUUAAUAAAUAAACAGCAAUACUUAACAAGAAAAGAAAAUACAAACCAGCUUAUAUAAAAUUUAAUUUCAUUAAAUAAAAAAAUUAACUAAAUUAAUAAUAUAAAAAAAACACACACACAUACACAACGCCUAGCAGUGUAGAGGACCUCAUUACUAAACAACAACAAAAUAAAUGUUUAGCAACAUUUUGCAAACAGAAAGAAAGAAAACAUGUUAAACUAAAACUAAAAACAAAAACAAUAUUAUUAAAAAAGUACCUUAGUUAUUACAACAAUACGAUACAAUACAAUACAAGAAACAUAAAAUGUUGCAAAUAUAUUUUUUUUUAUUAUUAUUAAUAUUUAAUUUUCUUUUUAAAUUUUAUUUUUAAAUAAAUAUUAAUUAAAACUUAGUUUACCUAUUUCAUGAGCAGAAGCUGAAGAAAUUGAAAACUAAACUUUAUUUGUAGUAGAAUUUGUUAAUAGUUUUAACAUGAAUUGAAAUUAUUUUUAAAAUAUUGUUUCAUCUAAUUUUUAUUUUAUUUUUUAACUUUUUUUAAAAACAAAAAAAAAAACUUUUAAUUUUAAUGGAUUUCCUUAAGAAAACAAAAAAGCAAAACAAUUAAAUCAAUAAAUAAAUAUGUAUAUUGUUUAUAAACAAUAAUAAAAAAUAUUAUAAAAACGGAAUAAUUUACAUAAAUAAAUUAAUUAAUUAAAUAUUUAAUUAAGCCUAAUCAAAGUAGUGAGUAGUAGUGCAAGUGUUUGUUGUUAGUUUGUAUUUUAGAAAAGUUUUAUUUUUCAAUUAAUUGUUUUUAUUAAUUAUUAUUAUUAUAUUAUUAUUAUUUUUAUUUAGUUAAACUACAAAAACAAAACAAAAACCCAACAUGUUUUUUUUCAUCAAAACUAUUUUUAAUUAUUAUUAUUAUUUUGUUUAAAUAUUAUUAAGUAACUAUUAUUAUUUCUUUUUUGUUAAAUAGUAAAACCGAACAGAAAAUAAUAAAAAAAAUAUUGUAAUUUGAACAAAAAAAAAAAAAAACUCCCGAAAA